CAGAAAAUCUCGACGGGAGCUCUGUUUUUUAGCCUAGUCAUGCACCUUGGCUAUCAAUAGACACCUGUCUAGAGGACGGUGACGAAAGCGGGAACGUUCGUGGCGGCGUUAGAAUUGUUCGAAUCAACAUGCCUUCCAGGAGAAAUAAUUGCGACCUGCUGGCCAGGGUGAAUUUUCCCCUGUACACGUUGCAAAUGCUGACUGGCAGACACAUUUUAGUUGGAGGCGGUGGAGGUUCCUCGAAAACUGGAGUGGCCAAUGGAUUUGAAAUAUUUGAACUCUCUCACAAUGGGUCACAGUUCAUUGCAGAGGAGUUGACCAGACAUGAAACAGGUCCAAGUGUGGUUAUGAACUGUACAACUUACAAUAAUGACAAAAGAAUGUGGAUAGCAGCUGGCCAAGAGAGUCACUGUCAGCUUUAUAAUGUAAGUAGUAAAGUGGUGACCACAAAGAAUGGGGAAAUCAUUAAGAGUGCCAGUGGUAAUACAAAGGAGGGCCUUAGGCACAGGAAAAGUGUGGAUAAAGUAGAAGAGACUGUUACACCUGAAGAGAGGAUAGAAGAAAUUAAGGAUGAUAAUUCUAAUAUUAAAAGUAAAAGGUUGCAAUUGAUUGUGAAGCCUGCAGAUAGUGUACAGACAGAUUUCAGUGAGGAAGAACCUCUUCAGAGGAUUGUCAGAAUAAGCCCAAAUGGAAAACUAAUGGCCACUGGUGGAAUGGAUGGUCACAUAAGAGUAUGGAAGUUCCCACAGUUACAUAAAGUAUAUGAUAUAGAUGCACAUACAAAAGAAAUAGAUGACAUAGACUUCAGUCCAGAUAGUUUAUUGAUUGCAAGUAUAGCAAAAGAUGGCAAAGCUUUUCUGUGGGAUAUGAACAUUGGCUCCAAGUUAAAAGAACUGACUUGGACACCUCCAAAUGGAUUAAAAUACCUGUACAAGAGAUGUAGAUUUCGGAAGUUGAAGGAGGAAGUAACAAAAGUUCGACUAUUUAUGCUCUCAAAUGCAGUAGUUGGAAAGAAUCCUAGUUUCUUACAAAUGUGGGAUGUAGAUUCUGGAAGCAUUGUCAGGGCAGUUCCAUAUAAAGAAACUCUAUCAGCUUUGGCAGUGUCAGAUGAUGGAAAAUUUGUGGCAGUAGGGACAAUGUUUUCUGGUAGUGUAGACAUACUCAUAGCAUUCAGUUUGAGGAGAGCUUUGCAUGUACCUGGUGCGCAUAGUAUGUUUGUAACUGGCCUAGAAUUCUUACCGACUAAACUAGACGGUCAUACUAUCGCUAGUAACACUGAAACUGCCGUUGUUAGCAUUUCUGUGGAUAACAAAAUUUGCAUACAUAGUAUACCGUUUAGACAUACACUACCAUUCUGGUUCGUGAUCAUAUUAAUCGUUCUGAGCGUCUGUGGAGCAUUCAUCUUCUGUAGUUACCUCGGAAUAUGACCUGAAAAAAUACACCUCUAACGCUGCCGAGUACUUUUUCUAGAAUUUUUUAAGGUCGGACAUCAAAACAUUCGAACGUACUUUCCCUUAGGUUGUACGUGUUAUCGAUGAUAUUGAGGAGAAAGACAUAAUUAGUUUGAACAUACAAAACACAUGUGCACGAUUUCCGUGACAAUAGAUACAAUUAUGUGCAAUUUAUUCGCUAACCGACUUUAAUAUUUGCGUCACAUUGUUCGUGCGCGCAAAAUAGAUUCCCUUGGAGCAUCGUUUAUUUAAAUAACGUUUGAACGAAUGAAGUACUGUUGCAAUAAAUAAACACUUUACACUAGAUAAAUCGUUUGACGAACAUUAUUGUACAUAGGUAUUUUUAAAUCGACACACACACGCACAGAAACAGGUAGCUACAUUCGUUCUCUCGCUACACACUUUUUACACCCGAAGACCAAUUUAUAUACCACUAUUUCGUUUUGUAUAGGAAAUUCAGAUCUUCGUAUUGCAUUUAUGUGAGUUGUCCUGUAUAGUGUUCACGUGUGUACAG